AUGGCCAACUUGAAGAAAAAUGAAUUAACAACAAAUUCGGUUUUGGGACUUUGUGUCCCUUUUGUUCGGAAGCUCUGCGAAGAUGCUGGUUUUAUGAAGAACAGCCGGCUAAAAAUUGCGAGAAUUUCAGUGCGAUUGAGAGAAGCCGUUAUUAGCAACAAAAUGAGUAGCUCCUCAACAAGUACCGCUCUCAAUAGCCAAAAUGUAUAUGCUGUUACUCGCAAACAUUCUUCUAUGACUGGCCUCUCCAGCUCGUCCCUCAAUCUACUCAUACGUUACAUCGACAAUGUUUUGUCUGCUAUCAUUAACCAGGGCUUGGGCUGCAAAAUAAUUGACAGUGGAACAGAGUUAAGGGAUUUAAUGCAGCCUGUUGCCUCAGAUUUUUCUAAUUUGUUUGAUGGCAUUUCAGAGGGUGCAAAACUGUUCAUGGAUCAGAAAUUUUUGAAGUCCCAGCUUUCUACCGAAGCACAUUCAAUGGCGGUUGAGGUAUUGAAAGGAUUGGGGAAUGCACAUUGGGUUGCAAUGGGGCUUUUAGCUAUAGCUAAUGUUUUAGAAAGAUUCGACAACAUUUCUGCAAAUGACAGAGAAUGCAUAGAGCUCCUUAGAGCUAUGAUUAAGCUGGGUAAAUACUUGAAACAGAUGAAAGACAUCAAUGCUGAUUUGCAUAACGAGAUUUUAGAAGAUAUCAGCGAAGCUGUUAAAUUGAUAGUUUCUGGUGAGAUGGAGCAGAGGUUUAAAACAGAGAACGAUGGAUCAGAGUCAGACAGUGUUUCUUCUCAGGGACAGGAUAAUUGUAAUAUGAUAAAUGGACAAGUGGCAGUAAAGAUCUUAACAACCAAAGAAGAUUCUCAAGGAAAAACACAGUGGAUGAACGAGCUGAGGACUCUAUCAAAGCUACACCAUCGAAAUAUCACGGAGCUUGUAGGAUACUGCUUUGAAGAAAAUCUGAUGUUAGUAUACGAGUAUAUGCCACGGAACCUGUCAAGCGCCAUUUUUGAAGAAAAUGAGAUGAUAAUUAACUGGCGAUCAAGACUGAAGAUUAUAUUGGACAUAAUAAGGGGGCUUGCAUAUCUUCACGAGAGUGCAGAUGUCUGCAUAGUACACAGAGAUAUUAAAUCCAGUAACCUUCUUCUGGAUGGAAAUUUGAAUGCCAAGAUUUGUGAUUUUGGACUUGCUAGAUUAUUGCAACGGGAUGACGCCCGAUAUGCCAACAAGGGUGUUUCUACAGAUAGCGAACUGGAUAGCGAGCAGGAUAGCGAACUAGAUAGCGAUCAGGAUAGCGAGCUGGACUGCGAGCUGGAUCACGAGUUGUUUCUAAUGGACAUACCUAAAAUUUCUAGUCAUUUAACGACGGCUGUUGCUGGAACAUUUGGUUACCUAGAUCCUGAGUACGCUCUUUCGUCUCCUCUGCGUGUCGGAUCAGACAUUUACAGCUUUGGAAUGACGGUAUUAAAUAUCGUUUCCGGCAAAAAUGCUACGGAACUCACAGAUGACCUGUUUCUCUCCGCGCACGCGUGGAGGUUAUGUGAAGAGGAGCGGCUUCAUGAGCUAAUAGACCCUCGACUAUUCAAUACUGAUGGUUUAAUUAAUUCAAGCAGCAUAACAAGAACAAUUAUAACAGCUCUCUGGUGCACUCUAGAUAAAUCCGGGAGACGCCCAUCAGCGUCAAGAGUGAUAGCAAUGCUUUUAUCAGAGGAAGAGAUUCCAAUUCCCAGGCAAGCAUAUAGAUAUCGGAAUCUAAAUGGUUAG